CUUUGACAGCCAUUGGCAACCUAAUGUCAGAGUUAUUAGGUUGUUUAAUGAUAGUUUAGCUAAAAGUGAUGCAUUUGGUUUUCGAUACGUUUAAACUUAAUAGAUUAUUAUUUAGCAAUAAACUUAUCUGUCGUAAAGCUGUUACUGCGAAUAAUAUCCCAACUAUUAGGUUUGCUAGAACAGACGAAAAAGAAUCAGUAAGACAGUUUUUGAGAAAAUCCUUCUUCAAAGAUGAACCUUGCAAUAAAUAUAUGAAAUUGAUAACAGAAGAGACUCCCAUAUGUGAGGAUUUGGAAAAAUAUACGUUAAAAAACUUCGACAGUGGAUUAAAUUUAAUUGCCGAACAUAAAAAUCGAAUUGUGGGAGUGUGUAUAAACAGUAUCAUUGAAAGAGAUAAGCCAAGUAAUAAUAUUUUGUUUACUGAUAAGAAAUUUGUUAUAAUAGCGAAUUUACUGGGGUACGUAGAAGAGAAAGCCGCUCUUUUCCAAAAAUAUCCCAAAGUAAGCAAGAUCUUCGAUAUUAGAUUAUUAUCUGUUGAUAACAGUUACAGAGGAAAGGGAAUCGCGAAGGCGUUUUGCAAAAAAUCAAUAGAUAUUGCCAAAGAACAAGGUGCGCAACUGAUGUCUAUGAUAUGUACUAGUUCCUUUUCUGCGUCUAUCGCUAAAAAAAAUGGAUUCGAGGUGGUAUAUGAAUUGGAUUAUGCAGAUUACAAAAUUAACGGUGAAGUGGUUCUUAAACCAGAGCAUCCACAUAAAUCUAUAAAAAUGCUUGUAUAUAGUAAACUAUGAUUCCAAAUUUCUAUUUUUAACUUUAUAUAGUGUCUCUAAAU